UCCAGGAAGAGAGCGGUUACAUUUUCCUGUAAUGGCGGACCAGGGAGAGAGCGAGACUAUCGGGUUCAGCGACAACAGAAUGGUGCAGCAGGCAGUGCGGUUCCGCGGCCCUGCGCCCGCACCCGCGCCUGCCCAGACCCCAGUGUUACGAGGCCCUCCGCCACUCCUUAGGCCACCGCCACCUCCUUUUGGGAUGAUGAGAGGGCCACCGCCGAGACCCCCGUUUGCACGUCCACCCUUUGAUCACAACAUGCCGCCCAUCCCACCACCAGGAGGCAUGCCACCACCCCUCGGACCACCUCAUCUACAGAGACCACCGUUCCUUCCCCCUCCCAUGGGGAACCUGCCGCCUCCUCCAGGGAUGCUGUUUCCUCCUGGGAUGCCCCCCAUUCCUACAUCUGGAACCCCUACACUCAACCCUGCAGAGGAGAUCUGGGUAGAGAACAAGACGGCAGAGGGAAAGGCAUAUUAUUACAAUGCCAGGACCAGAGAGUCAUCGUGGAGUAAACCGGAUGGCGUGAAGAUCAUCCAGCAGUCUGAACUCAACCCUCUUCUUGUAGCAGGGGGUGCGGUGACGGGUGUGACUGCAGCUGCCAGCUCCAGCAGUGUCAACACUACAGCCAGCACAGCCUCCCCGACUCAGGCCCCGUCCACAACCCCCUCCCGCACAAUAACCUCCAGUCCAGACUCCACCUCUGCCCCUUCCCCCUCUGUGACCAUUGCAGGUGUAGCAAUGAUGCAGAUAGUAGGUGCACCCUGUGUAAAGGCAGGCCACAGCGCCAACGGCAUGCUUCCUGGUAUGGGCCCGCCUUUAGUUUCCAUGAUGCACCCACAGCUGGCUCUCUCGGCAGCUCCCUCCAUGGCUGGAUCAUUGCAGCUGCCUGAGUGGUCAGAGUACAAAACAGCUGAUGGGAAAACGUACUACUAUAACAACCGAACACUGGAGUCCACCUGGGAGAAACCACAGGCCCUGGUGGAGAAAGAAAAAGAAGCAGAAAAGAUCAAGGAGCGUCUGGCCCAGGAGGAGGCUGAAGCUAUGGAGAUGGAAGAUGAGGAGAACAAAUUAGAAAACACUAAUAAUGUCAAGGAGGAGCCUAAAGAAGAAGAGAUGACUGAAGAGGAAAAAGCAGCUCAGAAAGCCCGGCCUAUAGCCACUAACCCUAUUCCUGGCACGCCAUGGUGUGUGGUAUGGACGGGUGACGAUCGCGUGUUCUUCUACAACCCGACAACAAGGCUGUCCAUGUGGGACCGGCCCGAAGAGCUGGUUGGUCGAGCUGAUGUUGACAAACACAUCCAGGAGCCGCCUCACAAGAGAGGCCUGGAGGACACCAAGAAGACAGGUGUCAAUAAGGAGGAACCAGAAUUAGCCAUUGCUACUGAAGAGAAUCAGGACGAGGAGCCAACCAAAGCCAAAAAGAGAAAGAAGGAGGAUGUGAAGGAAGCAGACUCUGAGAAGGAAGCUGCAAUGGAGGCAGAGCUCAGAGCUGCCAGAGAACGAGCUAUAGUGCCGCUAGAGGCUCGGAUGACUCAGUUCAGAGAAAUGCUUCUGGAGAGAGGGGUGUCUGCAUUCUCGACUUGGGACAAAGAGCUUCAUAAGAUUGUGUUUGACCCACGUUACCUUCUGCUCAACCCAAAAGAGAGGAAACAGGUGUUUGAUCAGUAUGUGAAGACGCGAGCGGAGGAGGAGAGGAAGGAGAAGAAGAACAAACUGAUGCAGGCCAAAGACGAGUUCAGGAGGAUGAUGGAGGAUGCGAAGCUCACACCAAGAACAACGUUUAGUGAAUUUGCAGUGAAGCACGGCCGAGACCCAAGAUUUAAGACCAUAGAGAAGAUGAAGGACAGGGAGGCUAUCUUUAUAGAAUUCAUCACUGCAAUGAGGAAGAGAGAGAAAGAGGACUCCAAGUCCAGAGGAGAGAAGGUGAAGCAAGACUUCUUUGAUCUCCUAACUGAGCAGCACAUAGAGGGAGGCCAGCGGUGGAGUAAAGUGAAAGAGAGGCUAGAGACUGACCCACGAUACAAGGCUGUGGAGAGCUCCGCACUCAGAGAAGAACUCUUCAAACAGUACAUGGAAAAACAAGCCAAGAGCGUGGACAUCGAUAAGGAGCGGGAGUUGGAGCGGCAGGCUCGCAUCGAGGCCAGUCUCCGAGAGAGGGAGCGGGAGGUGCAGAAGGCCCGAUCAGAGCAAACCAAAGAGAUCGACAGAGAAAGGGAGCAGCACAAGAGGGAGGAGGCCAUCCAGCAUUUCAAAGCUCUCAUGUCUGAUAUGGUACGGUCUUCAGAUGCAACGUGGUCAGACACGCGUCGUAACCUGCGGAAGGACCAUCGCUGGGAGUCAGCGUCACUGCUAGAGAGAGAGGAGAAGGAAAAGCUGUUUAACGAACACGUAGAAGCACUGGCCAAGAAGAAGAAAGAACAUUUCAGGCAGCUACUGGACGAGACCAGCAUGAUAACUCUGACAACUACAUGGAAGGAGGUGAAGAAGGUCAUCAAGGAGGACCCUCGGUGUAUCAAGUUCUCCUCCAGUGACAGAAAGAGACAGCGGGAGUUUGAAGACUACAUCAAAGACAAGUACAUCACAGCCAAAGCUGACUUCAGAACCCUGCUAAAAGAGACAAAGUUCAUCACAUACAGGUCGAGAAAGCUCAUCCAGGAGUCAGAGCAGCAUCUGAAAGAUGUGGAGAAGAUCCUUCAGAACGAUAAGCGGUACCUCGUUCUGGAGUGUGUCCCCGAGGAGCGCAGGAAGCUCAUCAUGUUCUACAUCGAAGACCUAGACCGCCGCGGCCCACCACCUCCCCCCACCGCCUCUGAGCCCACCCGACGCUCUACAAAGUGACCAACUGCAUCAUCUUCUCGGCCGGUGCCCUACUCCUCCUUGCCCUCCCUUUGGCCAGAGCAUGACCCCAACAACCCCCUGAACCCCGCCCUCCAGGCCCACGGCUGGCCUCGCAGUGUUAUUGCUGGGGGUCAUGUUGCUUAGAGAUGUACCAUAGAGAUGAACGGUUAAGGUCUCUGUGUUAUGUCGCCUCUUAGCCCUGUAAUAGCCCAACAUUUAAGGCAAACAGCAGGGAACAGAGGUUACCUGAUCUCAAGGUGACCCAUGACCCCUCACCUCUGACUGACCAGAUUAGAGGGAGAGGGAUAGUGAUAAGGCUGCAGCCCGAGCAGCCAGAGGUGUAAGAUAGUGGAUGUAAAUGAAGUGUGUGUGAGAAUGCGUCUGCGUGUAUGUAUGUGUGUGUGUGUGUGCAUGUGUCUGAGGCGUCCUUAAGCCUUACUGCUCCACUGUGCCAGUCAUUGUUUCAGCGGCUCAGUGUGAAUGUUAGUUUCUGCUCAGUGGUUUACUCCGAUGUCGCAGCAGUUUCUCUGUUGAAUGAAAUAAAAGCAACUUCCACUGUUUUUCAA